CCUUGUUGUAACAAGGAUGCUAAAUGUAUUUUUGCUUUGCUGUGAACUAUCGAUAUUUUUAUAGUCGUAUAAAAAAUGAACGAAAAGCAAAAUAUUGAUAUCCUUAUACUUAAGAAUUGAAUUAAGAGUAAAACAGGAUAUAAGGAUCAAACGUACGCAUCAAAAUUGCACUAUUAUAUUCCCAAUAAAACCAUGUGUAAAAACAUCGUAUCGCAAUCACCUAGGAGACGGACAUAAUACAACAAUAACUGUUGCAAUGGUGCCGAAAACCAUUGGAUUCCAUUUCAUUGUGUGCUAUCAUACGAAGUGGUCUUGUCCGCUGGUGUCUCCUACCGGAUUAUCGAUCUAAUAUUUCUAGUUUUUGGCCUCUAUAAUGGCAAGAUACCUUGUUUGGAACAUACUUUUUAUGAUUCUUCUAGCUACCAGUAUAAAAGAAGUUAAAGGACAAACGACACAAAAUAUUAAUAUUUUGUUCGUUAAUGAAGUGGACAACAGCAUGGCUAACGUGGCAAUCGAGGUGGCGCUAAACUAUGUAAAAAAGAAUCCUCAACUCGGUCUGUCAGUGGAAAUGGUAUAUGUGGAAGGCAACCGUACCGACUCAAAGGAUCUUUUACAAGCAUUAUGCUCAAAAUAUAGUCAAGCAUUAAAUGAGAACAGUCCCCCACAUCUUAUCCUCGACACAACGCUGACUGGUGUCUCAUCCGAGACAAUUAAAUCAUUCAGCCUUGCACUGGGCAUUCCCACAGUAUCGGCUUCCUAUGGCCAGGAGGGUGAUUUACGACAAUGGCGUGAUUUGACACCUACCAAACGGGGCUAUCUAUUGCAGGUAAUGCCUCCAGCUGAUAUGAUACCACAGGUUAUUCGCUCCAUUGUUAUCUUUAUGAAUAUUACAAAUGCAGCCAUUCUCUACGACAGUACAUUUGUGAUGGAUCACAAGUAUAAGGCCUUACUACAAAAUAUACCGACUCGGCAUGUCAUUACCAGUAUAGCAGAUGACCGAGAUCGAGCCAGCCAGAUAGAAAAACUGCGUAAUUUGGAUAUCAACAAUUUUUUCGUUCUCGGUUCGCUAACAUCCAUUAAACAAGUUUUAGAAUCCGCAAAGAAUGAAUACUUUGAACGGAAUUUUGCGUGGCAUGUCAUCACACAAGAGCAGAAAGAUCUAUCGUGUAAUAUAGAAAAUGCAACAAUCAUGUUUCUGCGCCCGACGUCCGACAGCAGUAGCAAAGAUCGGUUAGGAAGCAUUCGAACAACCUACAAUUUGAAGCAGGAGCCGCAAAUUACAGGCUUUUUCUACUUUGACCUGACGCUACGGGCUCUACUUGCUAUUAAAAAUAUCUUACAAUCUGGUUCAUGGCCCUCUAAUAUGAAAUACAUUACCUGCGAAGACUAUGACGGCACCAACACGCCGAACCAUACGAUCGAUCUGAAAAUGGCUUUUAUCGAAGUAACUGAGUCUACCACUUUUGGCCCGUUUGAAAUACCUAAGGGAAAGACACCAUUUAACGGUAAUACUUAUAUGAAGUUUUUAAUGGAUAUCAAUGCGGUAACAAUUCGAAGUGGCGCAUCAGUAAAUACUCGUAAUCUGGGUACGUGGGAAGCAAGUCUUAAUGCACCUAUCAAUGUUGCGAAUGAGGUAGACCUAAAAAACCUUACGGCAGAUGUCGUUUACCGUGUAUACACAGUAGUGCAAGCACCAUUCAUUAUGCGCGAUCCAACAGCCCCCAAAGGCUUCAAAGGGUACUGUAUAGAUUUGCUGAAUAAAAUCGCUGAGAUUGUCGAGUUUGAUUAUGAAAUCCGAGAGGUUGAGGAUGGAAAAUUUGGCAACAUGAACGAAAACGGCGAGUGGAAUGGCAUCGUGCGAAAGCUCAUCGAUAAACAAGCAGAUAUCGGUCUUGGAUCAAUGUCAGUAAUGGCAGAACGAGAAACGGUGAUUGAUUUCACGGUGCCAUAUUAUGAUCUCGUCGGUAUCAGCAUCAUGAUGCAGUUACCAAGCACGCCUAGUUCACUCUUUAAAUUUCUUACUGUACUAGAGACAAACGUGUGGCUUUGCAUCCUGGCAGCUUAUUUCUUUACCAGUUUUCUAAUGUGGCUCUUCGAUCGCUAUAGCCCCUAUAGCUAUCAGAAUAAUCGUGAAAAGUAUAAAAACGACGACGAAAAGCGAGAGUUCAACAUCAAAGAAUGUCUAUGGUUUUGCAUGACUUCAUUAACCCCACAAGGUGGCGGUGAGGCACCAAAAAAUCUUUCGGGAAGGCUUGUUGCAGCCACCUGGUGGUUGUUCGGAUUCAUCAUUAUUGCCUCGUAUACAGCAAAUUUGGCAGCUUUUUUAACCGUGUCUCGACUUGAUACACCGGUAGAAUCGUUGGACGAUUUGUCAAAACAGUACAAAAUACUAUAUGCACCGCUGAACGGAUCAUCAGCGAUGACUUACUUUCAACGAAUGGCUGACAUAGAGGCAAAGUUUUAUGAAAUUUGGAAGGAAAUGUCACUGAACGAUUCCUUAACGGCUGUGGAACGGUCAAAGUUGGCAGUCUGGGACUAUCCGGUGAGCGAUAAGUAUACGAAAAUGUGGCAAGCAAUGCUUGAGGCCGGUCUUCCCAACAGUCUUGAUGAAGCUGUUCAACGGAUCCGCAACUCGACUUCGGCUUCCGGAUUCGCCUUUCUAGGCGAUGCAACAGACAUUCGCUACCAGGUGCUGACAAACUGCGACUUGCAAAUGGUUGGAGAAGAAUUUUCUCGUAAACCCUAUGCCAUUGCUGUCCAACAAGGAUCCCCAUUAAAAGAUCAAUUUAACAACGCUAUCCUAAUGUUACUAAAUCGACGCGAGCUUGAAAAAUUGAAGGAACAAUGGUGGAAAAACGAUGAAGUGCAAAAUAAGUGCGAAAAACCGGAUGACCAAUCAGAUGGUAUUUCCAUCCAGAACAUCGGAGGGGUGUUCAUUGUCAUCUUCGUUGGUAUCGGUAUGGCAUGUGUCACUCUUUUGUUCGAGUUCUGGUACUACAAAUACCGCAACAAUAGUAAAGUGAUUGAUAUCGUCGGAUCAGUCGACCAACAGCAACGAACUUCGGUCGUUAAACAUAUUCGCCCAGUAGUGGGCAAACUGAUUAAACAGGAUUCAUUGAAAAAUUCACCAAACACACAAACCCUACGAACGCGAUCCAUGAUGCCGAAAAUGAACAAGUUUCAAUCUCGUUUCUAAUUGUUCAUAAAUUGAAAUGUUAACUCGGUACAACAAAUAUAUACCAUUCCGAAAUAUAUACCGAAAAAAUUGUUAAGUUGGGACGCGGAUCACGGGAGAUGACGUUAGUGAGGUGAGACAGCUGAUUUCAACUUAACAAUUGCAAAAAUAUAUACGAUUCAGCUCAGAAUUGUGUGU